CAUUGACCUGCAGGCCAGAUGAGUUCAAGCUAGAACAGAAGAACCAUCUUGACUGUCCACAAGACUGACUGUCUGGAUCACAUCUUUGGCUCUUAUAAGAGAGAUAAUCCCUCUUUUUUCUUCUUUUUCCCGCGUGGACCACCGGCUUUGCUUAUUAAAAACAGAUUCUGAAUUCAGUGAAUGAGGGAGCCUUCACUUAAACAGUUGAAUGGCACGGUGCUACUGUCGCUGGCGUAAUGUGUUAAUCUGUGUGUGCACUCCUUGCAUCUGCAUGGCCCUGCUGUUCAUCUACGUUGCUGUCAUGCUGUGCACAGCCAUGAACAACACGGCAACGCCGGGAGCCUACGGACUGGAAAUUACUCACUUUGUGGCUUCAGGAUAUUUAAGAAAAAAUACCUUUGCCCCACUCCCCAAAACAUUCUGGGGCAUCAGCCCGUAUGGGGACGCUCUUUGGAACCGACUCCAACUGACUGUUGACCGCCAUUUCAACCCCAUCCUACACCCCAACAACACCAAGAGGAGAGUUGAAAGCAGUACCUUUCACGAGUCCCUCCUGAAGCAAAGUUUCUCUGAAGUUAUCGACUUGGACAGCAAGUGGAGAAAAUUUGACACGGUACCACAGCUGAUGCAAGAGUUUGUGAAACACAUGCAAAGGAGGGACUACCCAAUCCUCUUCCAGCCAGAUGGACUAUGUGGAGCUGGGGCAAAGUAUGAGAAGGGUCCCCCUCUGCUUCUCCUGGCCAUCAAGACAUCAGAGUUGAAUUUUAAGAACCGGCAGGCCAUUCGACAGACUUGGGGCAGGGAGGGCUGGGUGAGAAAGGGGAGGAACAGCACUGCAGGAGAAGAAGGUGGAGGAUAUGUCCGCAGGGUGUUUCUGCUCGGCAAAGAAGACCCUGCGGAGCUGGGUGUGAAUUUAUCUGACUUAUUGGAGAUAGAGAGUAAACGUUAUGGUGAUAUUCUGCAAUGGGACUUUAGAGACACAUUUUUCAACCUCACCUUGAAAGAUGUGCUCUUCUGGAGCUGGUUCUCACGCUCCUGCGGCCAGACUCACUUUGUCUUUAAGGGAGACGACGAUGUCUUCGUCAACACCCCGAAACUGAUAACCUACCUCCAGGAAAAGCUGAAGCAGCCACAAGCACAAGAGACCUUAAAAGACUUCAUGAUUGGAGAUGUAAUAGGUGCAGCUCUCCCCAGCCGAGUCAACAAUUCCAAGUAUUUUAUCCCAGACAGCUUCUACAAGGGCUUCUACCCUACAUAUGCAGGCGGAGGAGGGGUGGUGUACUCAGGCCUCUUGACCAAACGUCUACACAGCAUAUCUAAAAGGGUUCACCUUUUCCCCAUCGACGACGUUUACGUAGGCAUGUGUAUGAUUCGGCUAAAUGCUCACCCCAUCCACCACCCUGCCUUUCUAACGUUUGACUUUCCUGGAAAAGAAGAGGAGAAGAUGUGUUCGUACCACACAAUCCUAUUGGUCCACAAACGAAGCCCCAGCCAGGUACUUAAACUGUGGGCCGACAUGGAAGAGACACAAACAAAGUGUUGGAAUGUGACCUUGAGAGAUCCAGUCAAUAACGGAAACAAACUGUAAGACUAUCCCCGGUGAUUUUUGGCAGCGUUUGUCUAUUGAAGGCUUUUGCUACGACAGUCUGAUAGCAAAUAUUUUGGCGAGCUUCUGCCAGAGAGGUGAAACUUUGUUGUGUCUGUGUUAAUUUAAUUCAAGCAUCUAAUCCUGGGGUUAUAUUUAAUUAUAGGCUACUAAACUUUGUGGAAACCAUAGGAUCCAUUAACAUGCCAACAGCCUGAAUAAUUUCUUUCGUAUUCAUUUUUCAGACAGCACAGUGCCAUUCACGACAUUAUGUAAGAAUAGUUGUAACCUCAAAUGCCUUGAGACUGUAAUUCAUG